AUGGCUGGUGCUCGUGAAGAAGAAAGACAACAAUCUGUGCAUGAACAUGUUCCCGUUAAUAAUUUCAAUGCUCAAGAAGUUUCGGAUUUUUUAAAUAAUAGUUGGAUUGAAGCAAUGGGAAAAUUACGUGAUAAUACUAUUCCAGACUCUGAAAAACCUGAACUAUAUAAAUCCACAGAAAAUGCAUGGGGUAGUAAAAGUGGACCUGUAUGGGGACAACGAGCGCAUUUGAUGGCUAAUGGAAAAGAUUUCUUUAAUGAAUUAAGAAAAUCUUCUUCAACAAUUGUUGUUCAGCAACAACAGUCACUUCUUCAACAACAACCUUCAAAUAAUGUUCAAUCAACCAAGUAA